AACUGCUCUUCAGGGCGUCCUGAGCUGGCUGUGCCUUCUCUGCAUCCGCUGCUGCUCAGAUAUUCAUGAAUCGUUGCUUCUUCCAGCCUCGCUUUCUCUCUCCCUCCCUCCCUCCCUCUGGCUUCUGCUCGCUCUUACUCCUUCUCUCAGCUGCUUAACUGCAGCUCCCACUGGAACUUGCUCAAUCAAAAACAACUCUCCUCUCAAGCAGCCUCCAGGAGCGCAUCACCUGGAGAAGAGCGACUGGCUCCCCGCGCCGUCCGCCGAGGAGCAGCCAGGUAGCUGGGGGCGGGGAGGGGUACCCUUCUCCGGCUCGGUCGGAGCCGCAGCAUCAGCUCCUCGGAGGUUGGCCGUAUCCCACCGUCCGACCCCCAGGGUCCUGCAGCAGUGAUGCAUAUGUUUCGGAGCAAUGAUGGAAGGAGAGAUGCCGCGGCCGGUGGCCACUGAAAGUGGGGAGAGGUUGCUGCAGUAGCUGGUGCUGCAGAAUGCGCGAGUGAAGAACUGAGCCCCGCUAGAUUCUCCAUCCCGCUCCGUCUUCAUUAACUGUCUCCAGGAGGUAAACCGGGGAAACAGAUGCACUAACCAGGCGGGUGCCACCCUGGAUCUAUAACUGUGAAUUCCCCACGGUGGAAAAUGGUAAACAAAGACAUGAAUGGAUUCCCAGUCAAGAAAUGCUCAGCCUUCCAAUUUUUUAAGAAGCGGGUACGAAGAUGGAUCAAGAGCCCAAUGGUCAGUGUGGACAAGCAUCAGAGCCCCAGCCUGAAGUACACCGGCCCCUCGAUGGUGCACAUCCCUCCAGGGGAGCCAGACUUUGAGCCUUCCUUGUGUCAAACAUGCCUGGGUGAACAUGCUUUCCAAAGAGGGGUUCUCCCUCAGGAGAAGGAGUCGUGUUCAUGGGAAACCCAAUCUGGAUGUGAAGUGAGAGAGCCAUGUGAUCCUGCCAACAUCCUGACCAAGCCUGAUCCAAGAACCUUCUGGACUAAUGAUGAUUCAGCUUUCAUGAAGCAGAGGAGGAUGGGCUUGAACGACUUUAUUCAGAAGAUUGCCAAUAACUCCUAUGCAUGCAAACACCCUGAAGUUCAGUCCAUCUUGAAAAUCUCCCAACCUCAGGAGCCUGAGCUUAUGAAUGCCAACCCUUCUCCUCCACCAAGUCCUUCUCAGCAAAUCAACCUUGGUCCCUCAUCCAAUCCUCAUGCUAAACCAUCUGAUUUUCACUUCCUGAAAGUGAUUGGCAAGGGCAGUUUUGGAAAGGUUCUUCUGGCAAGACACAAGGCAGAAGAAGUGUUCUAUGCAGUCAAAGUUUUACAGAAGAAAGCAAUCCUAAAAAAGAAAGAGGAGAAGCAUAUUAUGUCGGAGCGGAAUGUUCUGUUGAAGAACGUGAAACACCCUUUCCUGGUGGGCCUUCACUUCUCUUUCCAGACUGCUGACAAAUUGUACUUUGUCCUGGACUACAUUAAUGGUGGAGAGUUGUUCUACCAUCUCCAGCGGGAACGCUGCUUCCUGGAACCACGGGCUCGUUUCUAUGCUGCUGAAAUAGCCAGUGCCUUGGGCUACCUGCACUCACUGAACAUCGUUUAUAGAGACUUAAAACCAGAGAAUAUUUUGCUAGAUUCACAGGGACACAUUGUCCUUACUGACUUUGGACUCUGCAAGGAGAACAUUGAACACAACAGCACGACUUCCACCUUCUGUGGCACGCCGGAGUAUCUCGCACCUGAGGUGCUUCAUAAGCAGCCUUAUGACAGGACCGUGGACUGGUGGUGUCUGGGAGCCGUCUUGUAUGAGAUGCUUUAUGGCCUGCCUCCUUUUUAUAGCCGAAACACAGCUGAGAUGUAUGACAACAUUCUGAACAAGCCCCUCCAGCUGAAACCAAAUAUUACAAAUUCCGCAAGACACCUCCUGGAGAGCCUCCUGCAGAAGGACAGGACCCAGCGGCUUGGGGCCCAGGAUGACUUUAUGGAGAUUAAGAGUCAUGUCUUCUUUUCCCUAAUUAACUGGGAUGAUCUCAUUAAUAAGAAGAUUACGCCCCCUUUUAACCCAAAUGUGAGCGGGCCCAGCGACCUGCGGCACUUUGACCCUGAGUUUACCGAAGAGCCUGUCCCCAACUCCAUUGGCAAGUCCCCCGACAGCAGCCUCGUCACAGCCAGCGUCAAGGAAGCUGCCGAGGCUUUCCUAGGGUUUUCCUACGCGCCUCCCACGGACUCCUUCCUCUGAACACGGUCAGGGUUUGCUUCUAAAGGAUUUGAUGUGUGUUUCCGAAUGUUUUACUUAGCCUUUUGGUGGAGCCGCCAGCCGACAGGACAUCUCACAAGAGAAUUUGCACAUCUCUGGAAGCUUAGCAAUCCUACUGCACACUGUUUGCUGGAAGCUUUUCGAAGAGCACAUCCUCCUCAGUGAGCUCACGAGGUUUUCAUUUUUAUUCUUCCUCCCAACGUGGUGCUAUCUCUGAAACGAGCAUUAGAGCGCCGCCUCAGGCAGACCGAGGCGGGAGUUUCGUUAGAAGGCGGACGCUGUUCUCGGAACGAUCUCCUGCCGGUCUCUCUGGGCUGUGAUGAUGAAUAUUAUGAAAUGUGCCUUUUCCGAAGAGAUUGUGUUAGCUCCAAAGCUUUUCCUAUGGCAGAGUUGUUUCAGUUCUUUAUUUUUUCCUUGUGGACAUGCUGUGUGAACAGUCGUGUGAGUGUGGUAUGCCUGGUCGCAGAUGGAUUUUGUUAUAAGCAUCAAUGUGACACUUGCAGGACACUACAACGUGGGACAUUGUUUGUUUCUUCCAUAUUUGGAAGAUAAAUUUAUGUGUAGACUUUUUUUGUAAGAUAUGGUUAAUAACUAAAAUUUAUUGAAAUGGUCUUGCAAUGACUUGUAUUCAGAUGCUUAAAGAAAGCAUUGCUGCUACAAAUAUUUCUAUUUUUAGAAAGGGUUUUUAUGGACCAAUGCCCCAGUUGUCAGUCAGAGCUGUUGGUGUUUUUCAUUGUUUAAAAUGUCACCUGUAAAAUGGGCAUUAUUUAUGGUUUUUUUUUUUUUUUUUUUCUGGCAUUCCUGGUAAUUGUAUGUAUUAUAUAAAGAGAGUCUGUACAUUGGGUUAUAACACUAGUAUAUUUAAACUUACAGGCUUAUUUGUAAUGUAAACCACCAUUUUAAUGUACUGUAAUUAACAUGGUUAUAAUAUGUACAAUCCUUUCUCUUAUCACACAACUUUUUUUGUGUGUGAUAAACCGAUUUUGGUUUGCAAUAAAACCUUGAAAACUAUUUACAUA